AUGAUCAGCUCAGUGUGUGUAUCAUCCUACCGUGGGCGCAAAUCGGGGAACAAGCCACCCUCCAAAACAUGCCUGAAGGAAGAGAUGGGCAAAGGGGAAGAGUCGGACAAGAUUACCAUCAAUGUCGGGGGCACCAGGCAUGAGACUUACAAGAGCACUUUGCGCACCUUGCCUGGGACACGGCUGGCCUGGCUCGCUGACCCCGAUGCCCAGAGCGAUUUUGACUUCGACAGGCAAAGCAAUGAGUUCUUCUUUGACCGACACCCAGGCAUCUUCUCCUACGUGCUGAACUACUACCGCACGGGCAAGCUGCACUGCCCCGCAGAUAUCUGUGGACCCCUCUUUGAAGAGGAGCUUACUUACUGGGGCAUUGAUGAGACUGAUGUAGAGCCCUGCUGCUGGAUGGCUUAUCGGCAGCACCGGGAUGCUGAGGAAGCCUUGGAUAUCUUUGAGAGCCCGGAGCCUGGGAGCGGGGCUGCUGGAGAGGAGACUGAAGUGGAAGGGGCCGGGGACUUGACCCUUCAGCGUCUAGGCAUGGACGACAGGCCUGCUGGAGCUCUGGGGGCUGCUGGAGGAGGAGGAGCAGGGGGAGGUUGCUGCCGCAACUGGCAGCCCAAGAUGUGGGCACUCUUUGAGGAUCCCUAUUCAUCCAGGGCAGCCCGGGUGAUUGCUUUUGCUUCCCUAUUUUUCAUUCUGGUGUCAAUCACAACAUUUUGUCUGGAGACGCAUGAAGCCUUCAUCAUAGAUGUUAAUGUGACUGAGACGCUGGUGGUGGGCAACACAACGGAAAUCCUUGUGAUGCAAAAGAUGGAGACAGAACCCAUCCUCACCUACAUUGAGGGAGUGUGUGUGCUGUGGUUCACACUGGAAUUUCUAGUGCGCAUUGUUUGUUGCCCAGAUAAAUUGGUCUUCAUUAAGAACCUUCUUAACAUCAUUGACUUUGUAGCCAUCUUGCCGUUCUAUCUGGAGGUGGGACUCAGUGGUCUGUCAUCCAAAGCAGCACGGGAUGUGCUGGGUUUCUUGAGGGUAGUCCGUUUUGUCCGGAUCCUCCGGAUCUUCAAGUUGACCCGCCAUUUUGUUGGACUUCGGGUGCUGGGCCAUACACUCCGGGCCAGUACCAAUGAGUUCCUCCUCCUUAUAAUCUUCCUGGCUCUUGGAGUUUUGAUCUUUGCUACUAUGAUCUACUAUGCGGAAAGGAUUGGAGCCAAGUCAUCUGAUCCGAGUGGUAGUGAUCACACCCAUUUUAAGAAUAUUCCCAUUGGAUUCUGGUGGGCGGUGGUGACCAUGACCACACUAGGCUAUGGAGAUAUGUACCCCAAAACCUGGUCAGGCAUGCUGGUGGGAGCACUUUGUGCUCUAGCAGGGGUCCUUACCAUUGCCAUGCCUGUCCCAGUCAUCGUCAACAACUUUGGAAUGUAUUACUCAUUGGCCAUGGCUAAGCAGAAGCUCCCAAAGAAGAAGAAGAAGCACAUACCCCGUCCAGUGCCACUUGAAUCUCCAACAUACUGCAAAUCAGAGAACAAUUCACCCUGCAACAGCAUUCAGAGUUAUAACAGCCCCCUGGCCGCGGCAACAGCAGUGGGGGUGUUGGAGAGAAAAAGAUCAGACUCCAAGCAGAACGGCGAUGCCAACGUGGUGCUGUCGGAUGAGGAACAGCCUCUUUCAUCGCCGCCUGAGGAGAAGCAGCCGGCAAGGCGCUUGAGCACCAGGGACAAAAACAAGAAAGCAGCCGCCUGCUUUCUUCUGAGCGCUGGAGAUUUCUCCUGUGCUGCUGCUGAUGGUGGCAUCCGGAAAGCCAAGCUACCCUUUGUGCUGUCUGGGCAGUUUCUCCAGCCUUUAGAAGGUCGAAUGAAUCAUCACCGCUCUUCCCUUUGAAGCACCUCUGGAUUCUCCAGCGUACAGCCCUCAUUUUGUCCCUUAUUAUAUUAUAUUCUUUUAAACCAUUCAUGUGUAAGAAUCAAUGGAGGCAAAAAGUAUCUAACAGUAUUUUCAGUGGCAGGUCUCAUCUGAGAUCCAAAGAGCUGAAAUGAUGGCGUCCUGUCUAACUAGCUUCAUGGCAAGCUUUGCUCAUGGGACAGAGACACAAAAGAAGCAUUCGUUGGAAAACAUUUCCCCUUUUUUUGCCUUUUACUGGGAAAGAAUCUGAAAAUCCUUGUUUUUGCAGGACUGUUGAAUCCUCAGUGACUAUCACUAGAAGUUGGGAUUGACUCAAGCAAUUUUCCUGUUAGAAAUAUAAAUGGGAAGAAUGUAAUCUGGAAUGACGUGCCUGCUUGCUGUAAUCCUGCUUGCUAUGUAUUCAAUGUGUAAAAAACAUGUCCAAGACUUCCCAGAUUAUCCCCCACUACCUGUAUCAACAGGGGCUCUCAUUCUGUCCAAACACCUGCACUGUUCCAUCAACCUCCUCCCCCUUUUUGUUGUGUAGAU